UCGAGCAGAUUGCUUCGAUUUCUGGUCAAGUGCGGACGUGCAGUUUCUCUCGCCGACAAAAUCGGCAUCUUGCUGGGGACUUUGGUGUUAGGCAUGGACAGGAACUUUAAGUCAUCAGGCAGGUAGGUCCUAUCAGCCUACACACGGAUGAAUUGAUUAUGCUUAAGGCGCAAGGUGGAAAUCAAUUGGAGCAUAUAAAUAUAGAAUGUUUUCCUCCUUUUUUCCCAUGCUGUGGCGAGAUGGUUAUUUCCGACCAAGACACCACUUUCUUUCUUUCCCUGCUAGCUGGAACAGCAACAGGAUUUGUGAAUAAGAGAUGCGAAACCCGCGACUUGUCUUCUAUCCUGGUCUUUUUAGCAAUGACCUCUUAACUUCAGCCCCCAUUGGUGAUUCUGUUUUCCAUUUGGCAAAAAACCGAUACACAGGUGAGAUCUGAAGAAGCGUAAAGUCAGUGGUGGGUGUCGAGCAUUUGCGCAGGCAGAAGAUAUUUGCACAUGACCAGUCCUCAAGCUUUUUGGACAAGAACGUUUACAUUACAAGGACUGCUUUCAGCCUUGCCAAUCCAGUGCAAGAUGCAGACAUAAUGGAUCUGGGGUAUUGCACCACUCUACCCUGCCAUCUGAACACCACCGGUAGUCACCCCAAUGACACUUCCAAGGACCUCAACGCUACUGGGAGCACCAUAGUUACUUCCUUGCUGGGUUGCAUUCUGGCCGUUAUGUGCCUCGUUGGGAUGGUAGGAAACAUCUACACGCUGGUGGUGGUCAAUCUAUCCAUGAGACUGAGUGGAUCCAUGUCUGUGUACAUUGUCAACCUGGCCCUGGCGGACCUUCUGUACCUUUCUACCAUACCUUUCAUCGUCUGCACCUACGUCUUGAAGGACUGGUAUUUUGGAGAUGUGGGCUGCCGGAUCCUGUUCAGCCUGGAUUUGCUCACUAUGCACGCUAGCAUCUUCAUCCUCCUGGUCAUGAGCACGGAGAGGUAUCUGGCAGUCGUCAAGCCUUUGGAUACCGUCAGGAGACCGAGGGAUCACCGAAGGGUGAUCACCUGCUCCGUGUGGCUGGUUUCCUUCCUCCUGGCCUUGCCAACCAUGAUCCUCAUUGAUUUAAGGACCAGCGUCCACGACGGGGUGAUCAAACGCAUGUGCUACCCCACAUGGCAGACGGAGGCCUACAAAGUCUACCUCACCAUCCUUUUCAACACGUGCAUCUUGGCCCCAGGAGUAAUCAUUUGCUACUUGUAUGUCCAACUUGCCAGGACUUAUUGGAGAUCUCAUACAGUCACCUUCAGCCCCAAGGACGUGAAGAGAUGCCCCAGGCAGAAGGUCUUGUACAUGAUAUUUAGCAUCAUUCUGACCUACUGGAUUUGCUUCAUCCCAUUCUGGCUGUGGCAGCUACUCGGUGUCUAUCACUACCAGACGGACAACACUGCAGGCAACACAGCGGUCAAUUUCCUAGUGACCUGCCUGGCGUACAGCAACAGCUGCAUCAACCCUUUCCUCUACACGCUGCUGUCCAAGAACUACAAAGAAUACAGAAGGAGCCAGCAGAAGAGCAGUGUCACCCUCUCCAAGAUCAAGCCAAGGAGCAGCUCCUCAAUGAGGUCGGUGUUAUCUGGAAGUCACCGAUAUACGGACACGGUGCCUAUUGCUCAGAUCAAAGGCUUCAGCAAUGAGGAUGUCAUCUCCUUGUGAACAGGAACAUUUCUGCCGUUCGGUUUGAGCUCGUGCUGCAGGAUCCUGCCGAAAGCAUUGUGCUCCACGCAGAAAGUAUGGUCCAGGACUGGAGUGAUGUCGUUCUCUCUGUCAGCAAGCCAAAGAAGAUGAGUAAUUUCUUCAUCUGCCAGCAAUCACACAUGCUUCCUGAACAUUUUGACAGCAUGAGCCUAAGGAGCCAUGUAACACUAGCGGGGAUACUGACUGUUACAGUGAAACUCUGUGGGAAGGGCUGGGUCUCUGGCCAUUUUCAAGGGAGAAAAAACAGUAGACUGCAUGGCUGUUGUGAGUUUUCUGGGCUGUGUGGCUGCAGUCUGAUAAAUCUUGUUCCUAACGUUUCGCCUGCUUCUGUGGCUGGCAUCUUCA